AUGAGAGACGUUAACGGUGACGGUGCUCCGCCGAAAACCGCCACAAGCUCAGAGAAAAACGAAGCCGAAGCUCCGUCAAAAAGAGAUUCAAGGAAAACACGAGAAGAUUCCGACGUAGACACAGACUCCAACAGAAAGCACAGAGGUUCGCGGAGGAAAUCGCGCGACAGUUCGGAUUCCGACGGCGAUAAACGAAGCAGGAAGAAGAGGAAUUCACGUAAGCGAUACAGUAGUGAUUCUGAAUCUGAUUCGGAUUCUGAAGGACGCAGGAAGAAGAGGAAAUCGCGUAAGCGAUACAGUGAUUCUGAAUCUAGUUCAGAUUCCGGUUCAGGUUCGGAUUCUGAGAGUGACGAGUCCGAAGUGUCGGGUUCGGAUUCGGAGUAUUCGGAUUCGAAAUCGGAGACGGGGAGUGAGGGAGAGAGGAGGGAGAGGAAGAGGAAGGAGAGGAGAAGGAGGAGAGAGAGGGAGGAAGAGAAGAGGAGGAGGAGAGAGAAGGAGAAGAAGAGGAGGAAGAAGGAGAGAGAAGAAGAGAGAAGGAAGAAAGAGAAACGGAAACUGAAACAGAAGAAGGAGAAAAAGGAGAGAGGGAAGAAAGGGGCUGUGACUAAUUUAUGGGGAAAGUAUGGGAUUAUUAGAGAAACUGAUAUGUGGAACAAACGUCCAGAAUUCACUGCCUGGUUGGCAGAAGUAAAGCUGGUGAAUAUGGAGCAUCUGUCUAAUUGGGAAGAAAAACAGAUGUUCAAAGAAUUUAUGGAAGAUCACAACACAGCUACAUUCCCUUCCAAAAAGUAUUACAGUCUUGAUGCUUACUACAGACGUCAAAUGGAAAAAGAGAUGAAAAAGGGUAUUAAAAAGGUUAAAGCAAAAGAACGAACUGUUUUCAAUGAUGAAGAACAGCGCAGACAAGAGUUGUUGCAAGCACGUGAAAAACACAAGGAAGAGCAAGUAAUAGCUUUGAAACGCGAAAUGGAAAGUGGAAUGGCACAAGCAAUGAAAGAGCAAGCUCAACUUAGGGAGGAAAUGGCUUACCAGUACAAGCUUGGCAACUUUGAGGCUGCUGCCGCAAUCCAGAGAAGGUUGGACCCUGAUGCUGCGGUGUAG